AUGACAGGAGGUAAAUCCAGAUUGGGUCCCGGGAAUGCAGACGACCUAGGACCAAAGUCAGCUCAGCUAGCCAAGGCCCAAGACAAGCUUGUCCCGGGAAAUCAGAACAAUUCACAGCCUCCACCAUUCCCUGCCCCAGGAGGUGGAGACCAGGAUCGCAUAGCAGCAUUGGAAGCCCAGAUCGAAGACUUAACACAACAAAAUGCAGAAUUACUACACAGGAGGCCGGGACAGUCCCAUCCCGAAAUGAAUAGGGAUGAGCAUGAGGAAGAAGAGCGCAACAGCCAUACCGAUAGCCACGGUCGUGGAGAGAAGGAUCAUCGAGAGGACGAUCACCAAGAAGAUAAUUUUCGGAAAGUUAAUCCUCGAGGAUUAAGGAACAGAAGGCUCGACCAUCAUGGAGAUCGGCGGGAGGAUGCAAGAGAUUUGAACAAAGUUAUUGCUGAGUUGGAGAGAAGGUGCACGUACAUGGAGAUGGAAAGGAAGGACAAAAGUAGAUCCUUAGUGGUGGACAAGUUCUUAAUGGGUACAGACUCACCCUUCAUCAAACGGGUAGCAAACUAUCGACUUCCCGAGAAGUUUAAGGUAGAAGAAUUCAUUAAUCAAGAAGAGACGUUGAAGGCUAUGGCCAGUUCUAGGCAAUACCGAGAGACAGCCCUAAAAAAGAAAAGAAAAGAAUUUAGAAAAGCUGAUGGGGAGGAGCAGAGUCUGGUAAAGAAGUUCCAAGACUAUAACUUUACACCUCUCAAUGCUGGGAAAUUAGAAGUCCUCAUGGAGAUCAAAAGAGAUCCAGAGUAUCGCCGGCCAACCAAAGAUACCAGAGAGUUGGUUCGGUUUUUAGGAGAGCAACGAAAUCAGCCUAGAAAUAAUAGGCCCCAAAAUUGUCGGUACUAUCAGCCCCAAGAUCGUCCUCAGCUAUAUGAGAGGGAUCGGGAGAAUAAUCCCCGGGAGGAUAUAGAAAGAAGAGAGGACAGAGGAAGCAGGAGCCCACAGCGUAGAGAGCCAAGGCAAGAUGAGAUUCUGCUCGAGAUCAGGUAG